AUGGAUCAAGUUGUACUGAACCUCUGGGUUGGCGACCUCCACAGCGCCAAGGACGUUGAAACAUUGAAGGCGAACGGCAUCUUCAGCGUUCUGAGUGCAAUGCGAGGCCGACUUACCAUUCAUGAGACUCUCACGAGGCACCAGGUCCUAAUAGACGAUACGGAGGAGGCAGAUAUACUGCAACAUCUAAUAUCUUCAAUUACCUUCAUCCAGGCUGAGCUUGAGAAGGGCAGAGGAGUAUUGGUCCAUUGUCAAGCCGGAAUGAGUCGAAGCGCAACCAUCGUGGCUGCAUAUCUCAUGUAUUCCCAGAAUAUCGACGUAUCUGCAGCCCUAGAGCUGAUUAAAAAAGCCCGACCGACCAUCCAACCCAACAAUGGCUUUCUCAUGCAACUGGAGAUCUUCCAUAAGGCUUCGUUCAAGGUGUCGCGACGGGACAAAGCUACGAGAAUGUUCUAUCUAGAGCGUGCAGUUGAGGAUAUCCUUAAUGGAGACGGCUCCGCUCCUGAAACAGACAUGUUCGCGCGCUUUCCUCGAACGCCAACCGACUCUGCACCCGCCACGCCAGGCGGACCCAGACGACGCAUCCGUUGCAAAAUGUGCCGCACGGAACUUGCUACGCGCGACCACAUGCUCGAUCACGGGCAACUUGGUCCCCCUACACCCGCGUUCGCCUUAUCCCCCGCUGCCUCCCGUCGCCCUUCGGCCACUAUUUCUCGUCGCCCAUCCUCAGGCUCGGGCACAGGCGUCCGUCCGCGUCUCAACUCUGACAAUCGCCCCCGCCGUCCAUCUUUUCGCGGCUUUGGAGACGGCGCGCUCAGCGGCCUCUCUGCCUCGUUUUCAAUGUCAGCACUUGAAACGGAAGACAGCCCGGAUGAGGAGGAGGAUAAGGGCAAAGAGAAAGGGAAGGACAAGGAUAUCGAUAUGCCUCCGUCAAGCAAGACGCCGCCGCCUCGCUCAAGGGGGAAUUCGACAAAUGGCACUCAUCCGCGGAGACCUUCGAUGUCAGAGAGUGCAGGCAUGCUUGGCGGGUUUGCAGCAGCGCUAUCCAUGUCUGCAUUAUCAACGGAGGACGAUGAAGAUGACGAUGAGCACCCGUCAGAUCUCGCAGCUCAGCUGUAUGCCAAUCCAAAACUCGCUGCGCUGCGCUCGCCACCUCUCGGCAUGACGCCAAUGCAACCUCCCGCGAGAGAUAAGACUAGCAUCAGCCCGCCGAUCCUCAUGAACCCCAAAUGUUCUGGCUAUUUUGUUGAACCUAUGAAGUGGAUGGAUUUCUUUUUGGAGAACGGAGAAUUGGGUGGAAAAAUCAUAUGUCCGAACAAGAAGUGUGCCGCCAAGAUAGGGAAUUAUGAUUGGGCUGGUGUAUGCUGUGGAUGCAAGGAAUGGGUCGUGCCGGGAUUCUGUAUUCAUCGCUCAAAGGUCGAUGAAAUCGUUUGA